AACUGCGCUUUUCCAAGAGGAAAUUCCUGCAAAAGGAAGGAAACUGCGAGACGGAAAGCAAAGAAGGGGAGCACAUCAAAGCCGAAAACGUCGAAAGAAUCAGUGAAUUUAGUAAAGAUACGCCGUCAGAAAGCAAUCAGUGUGGCGCGCGACCUCUGAGGUUCGCCCUGAAUCCAGCAGGAAGCCCCAGAGCGAAGCGGACCAUGGCUUUCUGAUAGGGGCCCACUUCCUGUUUCCUGUGUGCGCAGAAGGAAGCAUCGGCGCGGCCAUGAACCACACCCCCAGCCCCCACAUGACCGAGGCCGCCAAGGCGGGGGCGGGCCUUCUGUCCGGGCUGGGCCUGGGGCCCGACCGCAUGCGGUCGCCCGACAGCAUGACCAACACGCCCAGCCCGCCGGGCGGCACGCCCAACUCCAGCCCCCCGCUGCUGCUGUCGCCCGGCUGCGGGGGGGUGGGGGUGGGGCUGGGGGAGGGGGGGGACUGGGAGAGCCGGGAGGAGCUGCGUCUGAGGGAGCUGGAGGAGGCGCGGGCCCGGGCGGCGCAGAUGGAGAAGACCAUGCGCUGGUGGUCCGACUGCACCGCCAACUGGCGGGAGAAGUGGAGCAAGGUGCGGGCGGAGCGCAACAAGGCACGGGACGAGGUGCGGCAGCUACGGCAGCGCCUGGACGCCCUCACCAAGGAGCUGACGGGCGUGCGGCGCGAGAGGCAGGAGCUCGCGGGUGAGAACGAGCAGCUGCGGCAGGAGGCUCUGCGUCUCCACGCCGACCGGGCCGCGCCCGCCUCCCCGCCGCCACCUGCCUCGCCCGCCUCGCCCGCCGCCGACGCCAAGCCUCCCUGCGACACCGACACCCCCGGGGAGGGCCCUGGGUCCCCCGAGCAGGAGCCCGUGAGAGACGUGGGCACCGACAAGCCGGACCGGCACAAGGAGAUGGAGCUGCUGGAGUCGCUGCUCCGCGCGAAGGCGGAGGCGCCGGAGUCCUGGGACGCCCGCAGCGCCAGCAGCAUUCGCUCCGCCCUCAGCCGGCAGGACCGCAGCCGCCUGCUCUGGGACGACAUCACCAUCCUGGAGGAGGACACCAGCAAGGCCACCGCCCUCCAGCUCCGCCUCGACGAAUCACAGAAGGUCCUGCUCAAGGAGCGCGAGGACAAGCAUAUGCUCAGUAAGAACAUCGAGAAGCUGGAGAGCGAACUGAGCCAGUGGAAACUCAAGUACGAGGAGCUGAGCAAGACCAAGCAGGAGGCCCUCAAACAGCUGAACCUGCUGAAGGAGGUGCAUCAGGAUGAGCUGGGCCGCAUGUCUGAGGACCUGGAGGAUGAGCUGGGGGCGAGAAGCAGCAUGGACAAGAAGCUGGCCGAGCUGAGAGGAGAGAUGGAGCGUCUGCAGGCGGAGAAUGCUGCGGAGUGGGGUCGUAGGGAGCGCUUGGAGACGGAGAAGCUGGCCCUGGAGAGAGACAAUAAAAAGCUGCGCUCCCAGAUAGAGGACCUGGAGGAGCAGCUGGCGCGGAAACGCAGACAGGCAGCCAGCGCCCUGGAUACCGACCUCAAGACCAUCCAGAGUGAGCUGUUCGAGAGGAACAAGGAGCUGGCCGACCUGCGUCACGUUCACACUAAGGUGAAGAAGCAGUACCAGGAGAAGAUGGCGGAACUGGCGCACGCCAACCGCAGGGUGGAGCAGCACGAGUCGGAGGUGAAGAAGCUCAGGCUGAGGGUGGAGGAGCUGAAGAAGGAGCUGGGACAGGCGGAGGAUGAGCUGGAUGAGGCCCACAACCAGACCAGGAAGCUGCAGAGGUCUCUGGAUGAGCAGGUGGAGCAGUCAGAGAAUCUGCAGGUUCAGCUGGAACACCUGCAGUCCAGGCUCCGCAGGCAGCAGAACCCGGGCCUGUUUGGGAAGAUGAGGUCGUCCCGGUUCAGCCCGGACAACCCGGACGGGCCAGCAAGCGACCUGGACGAGGAGGAGGAGGAGCUGCAGAUCCAGAUCGCCUGAGGCUGCGUAACCGGACGGACGGACACACACAGACAGACAGACAGACAGACAAGCAUACUAUAGACUGAAUCGGACAGACUGAAACAGUAUGAAACACUACAUUCUGCUCACUGGGCAGGCCCGUUCCUUUCCCUCCUGUCUCCAGCAGAGGAGCGUGAUGCUCACCUGCACCUGCGGACUCAGCAAUGCAAACCGCCAACGCCACGAAACAAAAACCCGGGACACUCCUCCCCGAAGUCCCGCCCCUCCCUGCACCCUCACCUGGCUGAAGACCAGGUGCAAGGGAGGGGCGUCUGCGAACUGCAGGGGGGACCCUGCCCUGACACCCCUACCCCAAAAAGACUCAUAACGUUCUCACAAUGUCGUUGCAACGUAGUAGGAACCUGUUAAUGUAGCUCGUGUCAGAAACGUCGUGAAAGCAUCACGCGUCGGUCUGCGACCUCCACGUAAAGUGUGUACAAAGAAAUGUUUCUCUCUCUGUGUAUUUCCCGGUGUGUUGUGAUCAGUGGGGGAUCGGGCUCUCUGGAGUUACCUGUGUUUGUGUGUGUGCGUCGAGGGCAGGGUGGGAUAACAGUGGUGAGCUUCGCUGGUUGGUGGGGGAGUUUCAAGAAGCGAGUUGAAUUGAAGACCACUGAGGUGCUCUGAACUGUCAUUUACCAGCUGGGGGGGCAGUUGUUCGCCAUCAUUCUGGACUCCUCACACCCCUCCUGCACCCC